GGGUGCUGUCCCUAACAUACCGCAGUAAGUUUCAAUACUCUAAUUCCGUGAGGAGUCCGGAGUUCAUUUCAAAAGGGCUCGCGUUUGAAGAAUUUGAAGAAUUUGAAGAAAAUUUGGCUCGAAGAAAAUUCGGCACAACCAAUAGUUUGAUAAAUUUUUCUCUGGCAUUUCGAUUAUACAUCGAAUUCAAGCAGAAUGCCGGGUCAGCUGGAGGAGAUCAAGGGCAAGCGUGCCACCUUCGGUAUGGGUUGCUUCUGGGCGGGAGAUUCUCUCUUCGGGGCACUACCUGGAGUUAUCAGGACCUGUGUAGGCUACGCCGGUGGCACCAAGGAGUUCCCUGUAUACAGAGACAUGGGAGAUCAUACAGAAGUCAUUGAUAUUGAAUAUGAUCCGGAACUAGUAUCCUUUACACACUUGCUGAGCUUGUUUUGGAAUAAUCACGAGUAUGGUCUAACAACAAAGAUUAAGAGACAGUAUAUGUCACUAAUUUUAUACCAUGACGAAGAGCAACGGUUGUUGGCUGAAAAAUCUCGUGAGCAAGAACAGAGACAGCGUGGGGAAGUUUUUGUCACCGAGAUUAAAAAGUUUUCAAAGUUUUACCCAGCGGAAGAUUACCAUCAGAAGUAUCGACUACAGAGUCAUCCGUGGCUCAUUGAGACAAUGGGUAUCACUACACCAGAAAUCUUGCGCACCUCUCCUUUAGCAGCCAAAUUGAAUGGUUAUAUAGCUGGUGCUGGUACUCUUGAACAAUUUGAAAAGGAAUUACCAAACUUGGGAUUAAGUGAAAAAACGACGCAAUAUUUAACAAAGUACAUUAUCGAGAAUCAAGGCAGUGGUUUGUAUUGCUAGUGGAUCUAGUAAGAGAACGCGAAAAGACAUUUUCUACUAUUAGACAUAGGCUGAACAUACUCGAUGUCUUUGCGACAAGAAAAUUCGAAUCGACGAUUUUCCUUUUAGCUAAAAUACCGAGAUAUUAACAGUCUCGGAGUGAUAUAAACUUCAUCUAAAGGAAUAAAUAACGAAAUCAUAGUCUUCAAUUAAUUUUUUUGCUACGAAAACCCAUUAUAUUACAAUAUAACUAAGAUUUUAAUUAAAUUAUAACAAAAUUAUAUAGUUAAUUACAUAAUAUGAGAUUAAGGUAGUUGUCUCGCAAAUCGUAAUUAACAAGAAAAAUUUGAAAAUUUAACUAUACGUUAAUAAAUAUGGUAUCUACACGAUUGUACAAUUUAAAAGUAAAUUUCGGCCGUCCCAAACGCGAAAUAAUUGGUAUCAAAAAUUGCACUUUUUAUACGUGUCGCAUACGAAAAACAUACGAAAACCUCGUAUUUUGAAUUUUAAUAAUUAGAAAGGAUAACAAGAAAGUGAUAAAAAACUAAUACAAAGUAGGACACUUUAGGAAUUCUAUUACAAAAAAAAAACCCAAAUUAUUGACCGUUUAGUUUUAGAAAUACAAUAAUAAAAGGAUCUCACGGUAUUAUUUCAUCCUUGUUGUUCACCGAAAGUUAAACAAAGACAGAUGAUGCCCGCGAACGUUGCGGGCGUUGAUUUGACAAUAGCGUAGAGAAUGUCCAAAAGCUUUUAAUUAGUAAACGUAGGUAGUCAGUAGCCGGAUGUCUUAAAACGUUGACCCAGAGUAUAAAAUUUUGAAUUGUUCUGUUGCGAGACAAAUAUCUUAAAUAUGAUUUUGUUAUCUAUUGCUACAUUAAUAAAUUCUUGCUGUAUAUAUCGAGAUAUUGCAGUGAUUCAUUGCUAAGUCAUUAAAGAAAUUUGUUACUUAAUAUUUUACUUACAUAAUGGCAAUUUCUACAAAAAUAUCAAUUUAUGUGAUGCAAUGAAAUUAUGCAAUUCUCUCUAUAUAUACAUAGAAAAAAUAAUACUUUUGACAGAUUAGCGUUUUAUCGCAUUGUGCAAUAGUAAUUUUUCAUUUGAUUCUGUUGUCGUAGAAAUAUUAUAUACUUUCGAAUAAAUUUUAAUUUAAGAAGCUUUAUUAUAAACAUAUAUAAUUUUCUAUAUCAAUAUUGGCAUGAAAAGAUUAUUUUCAAGUAGAUUUUAAUUAGAGAAGCUUUAUUACAAAAAUAUGUAAUCUUAUAGAUAAAUGAUUGUCUUUCUUUUCAUUAAGGAAAAGUUUCAGUCUGUUUCAGUCAAAGACAGUAUUGCCAAUUCGUAUCAAAUCGAGCCAUCGACUUAAGAAUAACUCAAUAUGAUCUAGCAUUAGUUGUGGAUAUGGUCAAGCGGGAGGAUUUUGAUUUCUGAUAUAAAAGUAACGAGUUGACAACACAUAGGUAUAUAAAGUACAUAGAUGUAGCAUACAAAUAAAAAAAGAGUCCAUAGAUGUAUAAUUAAUAGACUAAUCACUCCUGUUUUUUGGAGGGAUAUUAAAGACGACAUUAGUAAAUGAGAACAAUAAAGAUUAGAUGCUUUCCUUGUCCGAUUGUGUAGUUAGCGGGGAGAAGAAAAGAAGAGAUCACCUUUUACAUUCUCUAUUUUUUUUCUGAGGCGUAGAGUGUUCUCAAUUUAUUAUAUAAAUCUAUGGUUUAAACAUAAGAAGAAUGAAUCGAAGAGUUACUGACUUUGGUGUAUAUAUGCUUGUACUUAUGGGUGGCAUAUUCUACAAAUUGAAUCUUGCAUAUUUGUGUUCCGAACCAUGCAGAUGGAAUUGCCCAAAAUACACUGAAGUUAGUGUAAUGCUUCUCUUAUCGCUGUUAUCAGCUUUAAUUUAUACAAAAAUCCUCCGCUCUUUUUACAAGUGGUCACAAGUCUAUGAUUUAGAAAUUUAGAUACACAGCACGCACAUCUGAAGUUUUAUAUGCAAAGUUCGAAUUCCUCUUUCCUCCUUCCUUCCUUCAAGAUUUCACUGUAUGUAAAAAGAAUGUUUGAACAAUAUAAAACUAACUCU